AUGUUUUCCCACUCGAACUUCUUCCUAUCCCUAGCACUACCGCUCGCAGCUCGGGCUGCAGUGGCAGCUCAGCCGCUUGAAAAUGAGCCCAAUGGCUCCCAUCCCGGGAUCUUUCAGCUCCCCAUCGUGGCCAUCACUCUGCCAGACACGGGCAACACUACAUCGGCGAACACGAUAGACAAGCGUCAAGUUCAGGUCGGCAUUACACCUUGGAAGCCUGAGACACUCAAUGAGAUAGGCUACGUUAUAGAGGUCCUGAUCGGCACACCCCCACAGAAGCUCUGGGCCAAGUAA